GGAGUCACUACAGAGUAACUGAAUAGUUAUUUUCCUAUUCUUAUCAGUUAUUUAAACAAUGUGGCUUAUAUUAAAGGUACGCUCAGCAAUCUGGUGUAGAUGCAGAAAGUAAACAGCAUAUUGGGUCAAUUUCCUCAACUACUGCUAAGAGAAUUGAGCUGUUUUGGUCCUGCGGCUCCCACGAUGUAGGAGAGUGAAGUAAACCCUAGCAGUGUCAUUUCAGUGUAUUAGAAGUAAAACAUGGAAAUGCGAGAGCAAACCGAAGAUCCUGAACCGAACAACAUCGAAAGUACUGAACCAGACCACAAGAAGUCAACAGAAAAGCCACAGCGCAUCACUGCCCGUCUGGUGAAUGCAGCGUUCUUUGGUGCCCUUGGGUCAUCUUAUCUCUAUGGCUACAACCUGUCUGUCGUCAACGCUCCUGCACUGUAUAUAAAGACAUUUUACAACCAUACAUGGAUGGAGCGCUACGGAGAACCCAUAGGAGCAGACAUGGUCACCAUGCUAUGGUCCAUCACAGUCUCCAUAUUUGCCAUAGGUGGCCUACUUGGAGCGCUCUGUGUCACGUUGCUCACGAAACUCAUUGGAAGGAAGGGCACCUUGCUCUUGAAUAACGGCUUUGCAGUGAUAGCUGCUCUUUUGUUAGCCCUGGGGGAGAAGGCUCGAUCUUUCGAGAUGCUUAUCAUCGGUCGUUUCGUCAUGGGGGUGGACUCUGGUAUUGCUCUCAGCGCCCUGCCCAUGUAUCUGGGCGAGAUAUCCCCCAGACACAUGAGAGGCUCCAUUGGCCAAUUCAACUCCAUCCUCAUCUGUCUGGGGGUGUUCACUGGACAAGUCCUGGGACUUCCUGAACUUCUGGGCCAGGAGUCCAGAUGGAACUUCCUCUUUGCCUUCCUGGCCUUGCCUGCCUUGCUGCAGCUCUGUGUGCUGCCCUUCCUACCCGAAAGCCCACGCUUCCUUCUGAUGGAGAGGAGGGAUGAGGCCGGUGCAAAGAAAGCCUUCAGGGCCUUCCUAGGCAAGAAGGACGUGUCCAAAGAGUUGGAGGAGGUGCACGCUGAGGGUCGGGCCCAGAACACCCUGCACAUGGCGUCUGUCACUGAGCUCCUGCUUAACCCCGCCUUGCGCUGGCAGGUCAUCACCGUCAUAGUCACCAUGGCCUGCUACCAGCUGUGUGGCCUGAAUGCCAUCUGGUACUACACCAAUGGGAUCUUGAGGGACUCGGGCUUUGCAGAGAAUGUGAUCCCAUACAUCGUCCUCAGCACAGGCGGAAUAGAAACGCUGGCUGCCGUUGUCUCGGGCCUUGUGAUUGAGCGCAUCGGCAGAAGACCCCUCCUCAUCUUCGGCUUCAGCGCCAUGGCCUUCUUCUUUGGCCUUCUCACUGUGUUUCUCAAUUUCCAGGACCAAUAUACAUGGAUGCCCUAUCUCAGUUUCACCUGUAUUUUGGCUGUAAUUGCCUCCUUCUGCUCCGGUCCAGGUGGCAUCCCCUUUGUACUGACCGGAGAGCUGUUUGAGCAGUCGUACCGACCCGCAGCCUUCAUGAUCGCAGGGAUCGUCAACUGGGUCGCCAACUUCGCAGUCGGACUUUUGUUCCCGUUCAUGCAAGAGUCCCUGCAGACCUAUGCCUUCCUGGUGUUCCUGGUGGUGUGUGUGCUGGGUGCUGUGUACCUCUACUUUAUUCUGCCCGAGACCAAAAACAAGACCUUUAUGGACAUCAGCCAGAGCUUUGCCAAAAUCAACAAGGUUCCGUUGGUUAAAAGGGAAAUUGAGAACGAACUUGCCAUCAAGGCUGGGUCAAAGGAAGUAGAAGAAAAUGGAAAAGUCAUCAUUGACGGUGAGAUAGAGAGUUCGUUUUGAAUCAAAGAAAAGCCACCAGGUGUCAGUUUACUGUUGUACAUACUGUAUUUUGAUUCACUGAAGUGAAAUGUAAUUUUUAAGAUAAAGUUUUUCUGCUAGGUGAGUGUACGUUUUUUUUGUAUGCAAUAAUUUUCAAUACAUUUUUAAAGCUCUCUUACCGAGAAAAAAAACAACAGGCAAUUGGCAAACCGUUAUUGCAAAUCUUUGGCUAAUUUGCUGCAAAUUUGCAAAUUAGUUUUGAGGCAAACUUUUGCAGUAAAUUUACAGCGACUUGUGAACUUCUGUCUAACAAUUCUGGGAAACUUGUGGGAAACAUUCUACUGUUUGCUGCGGAUAUGCUGCAAACUCAUUAUGAAUAUGCAAAUUAGAUAAUGUUUUUGGUUACUUUGUGUAUUAACUUUGAAUUGUUGUAUCUACAUAAACCAAAUCACACAUAAUGUUAAAUGAACUAAACAUACUAAAUGUGCUAAAUACACUAAACCACAUGUAUUCAAUGUCUUAACAGAUAAAAAAUAAAUCCAAUACAAUUUGAAAUCCUCAGCAUGCUAAUGAAAAUAGCAAAGACGGAAUAUUUCCCAAAUAAAUUGUUUGCUUAAUCUCUCAUUUACAGGAGAGAGAUGUGGCUACCGCUUUACAUUCUAGCUCGGUAAUAAGAUGUAUUUACUCUGCAAUUAGCUAGUAAUUACCAUUAGUUAACAUAAAUAGUUGCCAUGUUGUUUCCCCCAAUCCUUUCCUGAUAUCCCAACCAGCCCAUGGUUGUUAUCUGGAAACAGAAGAUCAUUUCUAUGUAAUAACACCGAAUCUGUGCUGCAUCAUUACCUGUUUCUCUUCAGUUAAACCAUUACAUCCCUUCCCUAUAAUGAACAUAACAUAACAGUGACAUAUGUCCUUGUAAAGUGACACAAAAUUCCUGACAUGACAAACAAAGCCCAGUUCACAUUCAGAUUCGUUAUUGACAAAAAAGAUAUGCACAAGAUAUGACGGAUAUCACAAUUCAGUGACAUGUUAUAUUCGUAAAGAAUCAAUGGGUAUAUAUUAAUCAUUUAUAAGCCAAACCCUGGAUGUAGCAACUGCAGAUUGCCCCUUUGAUCAAGCUACUUUCUCCUUUCUAUGUGUAGGCUAUUUACAUUAAACCAUAACCUAUAAAAAUGUGAGGAUGUCGUUGGGACCACCUCAAAUUAUUUCAGGAUAAAAUACGGUCAAUUAGGCUACUAGCUAUGUUAGCUAACCCUUUUCUUUCAUUUGUAGCUGUAGGUCUCAAGAAAUGGCAAUUACAGAUGUAAAAAAAAAAAAAAAAAAAAAAAAAAAAAAAAAACUAAAA